AUGGCCAGCGUGCCGCAGCUGCUGGACGACCUGUGCGAGGCCCUGCUGCCGGCCGCGGACGCUCAGCCGGGCCCGCGCCGCGGCGGCCGGCCCCGGGCCAAGCGCAGCCUCAAGCGGGCGGCCUACGACGCGCUCUUCUCGCACCUGUUCCGGGAGGAGACCCGCAGGGCGCGGCCCGGCCUGCCGAGGCUCCCGGUGAAGAACAGGGUCCUCAUGCUGUCCUUCGACCUGAGGGUGGCCGGGCUGGGCGCCGAGGCCGACCGCCUGGAGCGGCUGCUGGCGGAGCUGGAGGCGGCGCCGAGCGGGCGGCUGGCGGAGGCGGGGCCGGUGCUGGAGCUCCUGGUGCGGCUGGCGGGCAGCGGGCCCCCCCGGGCACUGCGGCGGCCGCGGGACUACUUCCUGCACAGCCAGCACGUCGGCAGGAACGUGCCCUACGGCGGCUACGACUGCUCAGACCUGAGCGCGUUCGAGAUGGCUGUGCGCUCGUUGAUCUGCGGGGAGGAGUGCUUGUGCCAGGACGCGGUCCGCGGGGCGCUGCAGGUGAUGGAGGCGGCCCCGGGCGCCGGCCUGCCCGCCGCGGGGUCGGGGCUCUUCUCCUACGGCGACCCCUGCGGGGACAGGUUUGAGAGAGACACCCGGGUCUCCCUCUUCGGGGCCCUCGUGCACAGCCGCACCUACGACAUGGAUGUCCGGCUGGACCUGCCGCCGGUGCCCGACAGCGCUGACGUCUCCGGGCUGCCCAUCAAGGUUCCUCAGAGUGUGGACCAGUCCGACGAUGAAGGGUUCCAGUCAGCCUCUAAUUUGACUCCUGACUCCCAGUCUGAACCCGGCGUGACUCCGGACAUCGACCUGUGGGAUGCUGUGCUCACCUACGAGGCCAGCAAGCGGAGGUGCUGGGAACAGGUUGGAUGCCCCCCCGGCCACAGAGAGGAGCCCUACCUCACGGAGGCCGGCAGGGACACCUUCGACAGGUUCUGCAGGCUCUGCCGAGGGGAGCUGCAGGCGCUCGGCGGGGGCCUGCUGCAGGUCCCGCAGCCCGUGCUGGUGAAGGAGUGCGAGCUAGUGAAAGACGUGCUGAACGUCCUGAUUGGGGUCGUGUCCACCACGUUUUCCCUCUGCCAGCCAGCCCAGACCUUCGUGGUGAAGCGGGGUGUCCAUGUAUCCGGGGCAUCCCCCGAGAGCAUCAGCAGCCUCCUGUCAGAGGUGGCCGAGUGUGGGACACACUACGCGCGCCUGAGCCAGUUCUCUCUGCAGCCUGUGCUGGACUCCUCAUGCGGCAAGGGCCUCGUCUUCCAGGCCUUCACCAGUGGCCUGAGGAAGUACCUGCAGUACUAUCGUGCGUGUGUCCUCUCCACUCCACCCACCCUGAGCCUCCUUACCAUCGGCUUCCUCUUUAAGAAGCUGGGCCGGCAGCUCAGGUACUUGGCCGAGCUCUGUGGUGUUGGCGCUGUGCUCCCAGGUGCCGGCGGUGAACCCAGGGCUGCGUUCCCCACCGGCGUGAAGCUGCUCUCCUACCUCUACCAAGAAGCCCUGGAUAAUUGCAGCAACGAGCACUACCCCGUGCUUCUGUCCCUGCUGAAGACCAGCUGCGAGCCCUACACCAGGUUCAUCCACGACUGGGUGUACAGUGGGGUCUUCAGAGACGCUUACGGCGAAUUCAUGAUCCAGGUGAACCACGAGUACCUGGGCUUCAGAGACAAGUUCUACUGGACCCACGGCUACGUGCUCAUUUCCAAGGAGGUAGAGGACUGCGUCCCCGUGUUCUUGAAGCACAUCGCCCACGACGUGUACAUCUGUGGGAAGACCAUCAAUUUGCUGAAGCUCUGCUGUCCCCGGCAUUACCUCUACUGGUCCGACGUCCCUGUGCCUCGGAUCUCGGUCAUCUUCUCCCCCGAGGAGCUGAAGGAGGUUGAGAGGGACUGCGCCAUCUACGUGGGGCGGAUGGAGAGGGUGGCACGCCACAGCUCCAUCAGCAAGGAGGAGAAGGAGUUACGAAUGGAAAUUGCAAAACAAGAACUGAUCGUGCACGCCCGGGAAGCGGCAUCCAGGGUCUUGCGAGCGCUCAGUGAUCGGCAGACGUCCGAGCGCGUGGCCUUGGACGCCCGGAAACGAGAGCAGUUCCAGAGGCUGAAGGAGCAAUUUGUGAAGGACCAGGAGCGGCGCCGGGCGGCCAGGCAGGAGGCGUUGGAUGACGACUUCGGCCACGCGCGAGAACUCCGUGACAGGGAGCGGAGGCUGAGGGCCCUGGAGGAGCAGCUGGAGAGGAAGGCGAGGCAGGCGCUGGUGGACCAUUAUAGCAAGUUGUCAGCGGAAGCAGCUCUUCGAGAGCAGAAGGCCCUGUGGAGAAUCCAGCGGCACAGGUUGGCAAGCACACGGCUUCGCUUCCUCGUGGAGGACCAGAAGCGCGUUCAGGAGAUGCUGAAGGACGUGUCCGAGGGGAAGCCCCUGGAGCCACUGGCUGUCAUCCCUAGUGUGGGCUCCCAGGCUCUGUCUCCAGGACUCGCGCACCCUGCUGGGGGUGGCCGCUCUGACUCUGGGUACGUGGUGCAGCAGCGUGUAGCUGAGUGGGACAGCCCAAGUGCACAGACACCGCAGCUCCUCAAACCUCUAGCAGCAGGAACCCAUGGCUCGGGGCCGGGAGCUGACCCAGGGCCGUUCCCCGAGGGCCUCAGCAUCCAAGACUUCCUACCCACAGCCGGGGAGGCCGAGCAGCCUGUGCCCACAGGUGUGGCCUCUGUCCUGGAGGAGGCGCUGCAAACCAUUGGCUCAGACCUGCCUCCCUCGGCUCCAUCCGAAGUGGUGGGCACAGAGCCCCCUGGGGCACAGGAGUACGACUUCAGAACCAUCCUGAGGCCUGCUGUAGUGCCCUUGGCUUCCCCGGGGUCUGUCCAGACCGUGGGAGGAGGCUUGAACGAUAAGGGGCCGCAGCUGUGGGGGGACAGUGUCCUGUCGCCAGAGAACACAGGCGUCCCAGAUAGGCAGGUGGCUCUGCCUCACCCACACCCCCCUGGGCACAAAUCCCCCCAGGAGGAGAGAAGCCAGGCCAUUGGGCAGGUCCUUGGGCAUGUGUCAGAGGGCAGCAUUCCUGCAGGGGGUUAUGUUUCUGGGAUGGCGCCCUCCCGCCCGCGGUGGAACAUCCAUGGACAUGUGUCUGAUGCCAGCAUCAAAGUCGGGGAGAAUGUGUGGGAUGUGGUAUCUUCCCGCCCACGGUGGAACAUCCAUGGACAUGUGUCUGACGCCAGCAUCAAAGUUGGUGAGAAUGUGUGGGACGUGGCUCCCUCCCGCCCACGGUGGAAUGUCCACGGACACGUGUCUGACGCCAGCAUCAAAGUCGGGGAGAAUGUGUGGGACGUGGCAUCUUCCCGCCCACGGUGGAACGUCCACGGACAUGUGUCUGACGCCAGCAUCAAAGUCGGGGAGAAUGUGUGGGACGUGGCUCCCUCCCGCCCGCGGUGGAACAUCCACGGACACGUGUCUGAGUCCCACGUGGUGCUGGGUGCACUUUCUGGGGAAGGCCAGCCCAAUGCAGCGAGGCCCUGCGAGAGCCCUCCUGACCAUGUGUCGCAGUCUGGCCUCAGCCUGGGAGCACAGAGCCCUGUCUGGGAGCACGAGCCACAGCUGCCUGCAGAGACGGCCUCAGACGGUGCCUGUGCUCAGGUGGCCGGCUCCGGGAGUGGGCAUGCGCGUGGGCUCCAGGCUCCACUGUCUGCAGUGGUUGGGUCCGGGGAUCUGGGCGAUGGUAACCCUGAGGAGCCAGGAUCAGGGACGAGUGCAGACACUGACAGCCUCUCUCCAGGUCACCCUAUAAGCUUACAGGAAGGCGCGGCGGCCCCCAGCAGCCCCAGCCUUGGCGAGGAGGAGGCUGCGGCCCAGCGCUGGGGGCAGGAGCAGGCCUACCUGACGGGCCUGGCAGAGCAGUACCGCCUGGAGCAGUACCCGGACAGCUACGAGGCCAUGUCAGAGCCUCCUGUCGCCCACCUGCUACACCACGGGCUGCCCCGGGCCUUCGCGCUCCCAGAGCACCCCCGGGGCCGGUCGGGUGCAGAUGAGACCGCGGUGCAGCUGAGCGAGCUGCUGCCCCUGCCGGUGCUCAUGAAGCACUCCAUCACCGCCCCGCUGGCCGCGCACGUCUCCCUGGUGAACAAGGCGGCAGUGGACUACUUCUUCGGGGAGCUCCGCCUGGAGGCACACUUCGAGGCGUUGCGGCACUUCCUGCUCAUGGAGGACGGAGAGUUCGCACAGUCCCUCAGCGACCUGCUGUUUGAGAAGCUGGGGGCGGGGCAGACGCCCGGGGAGCUGCUCAACCCGCUGGUGCUCAACUCUGUGCUGAGCAAGGCGCUGCAGUACAGCCUGCACGGGGACACCCCCUAUGCCGCCAACCUGUCCUUCGCCCUCAAGUUCCUGCCCGAGGCGUUUGCUCCCAACGCCCCGGACGUCCUGAGCUGCCUGGAGCUCAGGUACAAGGUGGACUGGCCCCUCAACAUUGUGGUCACCGAGGGCUGCCUGAGCAGGUACAGCGGCAUCUUCUCCUUCCUGCUGCAGCUGAAGCUGAUGAUGUGGACGCUCAAGGACAUCUGCUUCCACCUCAAGCGCACAGCUCUGGUGAGCCAGGCCGCCGGCUCCGUGCAGUUCCGCCAGCUGCAGUUGUUCAAGCACGAGAUGCAGCACUUUGUCAAGGUCACCCAGGGCUACAUCGCCAACCAGAUCCUGCACGUCACCUGGUGUGAGUUCCGUGCCCGGCUGGCGCAGGUGGGCGACCUGGAGGAGAUCCAGCGUGCGCACGCUGAGUACCUGCACAAGGCGGUCUUCAGGGGCCUGCUGACGGAGAAAGCUGCGCCCGUUAUGAACGUCAUCCACAGCAUCUUCAGCCUUGUCCUCAAGUUCCGUAGUCAGCUCAUCUCGCAGCCCUGGGUCCCGGCCAGCGGCCCCCGGGGUGCUGAGCACCCCAACUUCGCUCUCAUGCAGCAGUCCUACAGCACCUUUAAGUACUACUCCCAUUUCCUCUUUAAAGUGGUGACCAAGCUGGUGAACCGAGGCUACCAGCCCCACCUGGAGGACUUCCUGCUGCGCAUCAACUUCAACAACUACUACCAGGAUGCCUGAGGCUGCACCGCACAGGUGCCCCCCACCCCUGGCGCUUCCUCCUCAGGGGGCGGGCAGGGCAACCACACGGAGACGGGCCAGGGGGAGAGGCUGGUUUAUUGGGGGCUGUGUCUCCCCAUUAGGAGCCACGUGUGCCAGCCCCUCCAAGGGUGGCAAGGUGGGUGGGGAGGCCCCACCCCCUGGGCCUGCUUCCCUCUGCUGAGCUCUUGUCCUUGCACAACGUGGCUUCUGUAGGGAGUGCACUGAGCGUGGGGUGGGGCUGCUGAGUCUGCAUCGGACAGAGACAGGUCAGGGCCUGACUGGACGUCUCGGCCGUCAUGGAGAGACGGGGUGGGCUUUCCACAGGUGUGCCCCGCCUCAAGGACUCAGGGGGCCUCAGGGCCUCGGGGCUCCAUGUGUGGAGGCCUCCAAGGCCGUUACGAGGAUCACGUCACACACAGUUCGGCCGCCCACAGUGGGGGCUUGCUGCUGUAGGAGUGCCCCCCACUGUCUGCCCCGCUGGCCCCCUCGGGCUCCGUGGCCUCCGGGACCCGAGCAGCCUCCUCGGCCCUGUGGUAAGGGGUUUCCAGAAGCUCCAGCACCCGCCGUACCUGGAGAAGGGUGGAGAGGAGUUUUAGGGGCUGCCCCUGCCCCGGUUGUCCUCCCGCGGGACCCAAGGACGGAGAGGGGACGGGGGUGAGCUUGCCUCUGAGAAGUCUCCAUUCUCUGCAGCCUCAAUGGCGUUUUGUGCGAUGUAGUUCCGCAAGACGUACUUGGGGUUGUUGGCGUGCAUGACGCGCAUGCGCUCAGCCUGCCAGGCCUCCUCGUCGCUGACGCCCUCCCUGUCCUUCUCCAGCCGGGCUCUGGAAUCACAUCCAAGUUGUUCUUUCCAGCAGAUUCCGCCUCCCCCGCACCACUCCUGUGUUGGGCUCCCUGCACGGGGUGGCGUCUCCUGGGAACAUGGCGCCCUGAGUCCGCGCCCGUAGCCUCACCUGUACUGCUGGAGCCAGUCAGCCCAGUGGCCCUGGUUCUUGCUCAGCAGCUCGGCCGGGCUCAGCUGCUCUAGCCGUGACUGCUGCUCCACACGCUCCAGCUCCUUCGUGACGUUCGCCCGGGUGCCGAUGAGCGCAAAGAGCUGAGGGUUGGACUGUGCCAGCAUCAGCAUCAUCGAGAGCUGCCUGUGCAGAGGGGCAGUGUGAGGCGCGUUCCCACCCUUGGCUGGCGGGGCACGGAGGAGGUGGCAGCCGCUUUAGUGGCUCUGCUGUGCCAGAGCUGGCUGCCCCCCAAGGGGGUGACCCAGGCCUGACCAGCGAGGUGGCCCUUCAUCCUGGCUCUGCAGCCCUUUCAUGUCACGGGACGCGUGUUCCCUGAGGGGGCAGGUGCCACGGGCGGGUAAGGGCACCAUCUCGCUACUGCUGGGCACCUGCUUCUCCCUAGGGCAAGGUCACUGCCGUCCGCUUCUCCAUGGUGGCCACGAGGCCAUGUCCUUCCCACUUGCAGAAGAGGUGGGGGGGGGACCUGGUCCUACCAGCUGGUCCUCCAUCCCAUCAGCCUCCCCCCACGCUGCUGCGCUAAAUUCUCUCAGACCACAGUCUGUUGGCUUGUUUAUUAAAACCCACAAACAGGG